AUGGUUUCUUCAAUUACAGCUUUAACUUCUCUAAUUUCAUUCAUAGCUGCAACCAUGGUUGCCUGCGAUGGAAAAUGUGGUGAGGGUGAUCUCAAGACACUAGGAAUGGUAAAAGUUGAUGGAGAUGAGGCUCAACUUAAGGCUUUGUUCAAAACCACUGCUAUUAUGAGUCAUGUAGGUCAACACUUUGGCAAGAAAGCCGGAGAUCAAAGUGUCGAUCUCUAUUCCAAGUAUCUUGGUCAGUUGCUUGGUCAAUUUGGUGUCCAAGGUGUUGAUGCAGGAUGUGUCAGUUGCUUUGCGGAAAGUGUCAAGUGCAGUGUUAAGAAUUGUAAGGUUGCCUGCAUGAAUGAUAGUUGCGCUGCUGGAUGUGUAAAGUGUUUUGAGAAGAAUUGUAAGCCAGCUCUAUCCGAUUGUGUUGGUGGAGUUGAUCUUGAUACUCACUGCCGUGAUAAGACUAAUUUCAAAAAGUUUAAACUCAGCCAGACUCCAAAGGGUCCCGAGUAA